GCCGGAUCAGGGACUACGAUUCCCUUCGGUCUUGCGCAAGCUUUGUGCAGCGCGCUUGCGCGGUGUGGAGGACGAUGCCGCUAUAAAGGCUUGUUUUGCUCCGGGUCCGAUGUUCGCGAGCGAGCCCGGGCGGUCUGCUCUCCUGGGGAGAGGCUGGGGUGCAGAAAUUCUGAAGUGACAGGAAGAGCCUGCGCCCUGGUCCUCCGCUUGGUGAAGAUGAAGGACAUCGCCAUGGGAACAGAGUACGUCAUCCCCAGCCCUGGGUAUAGAAGUGUCGGGGAGAGAAACAGUGCGUCUGGGCAACACAGAGACCAUGAGGAACCCAGAUUCCAGAGGACAAGACCGUUAGAAUGCCAAGAUGCUCUGGAAACAGCAGCCCGGGUCGAGGGCCUUUCCCUGGAUGUCUCUGUGCAUUCUCACCUCCGAAUUCUGGAUGAAGAGCAUACCAAGGGAAAAUACCACCAUGGCCUAAGUGCCCUGAAGCCCUUCCGGACCACCUCCAAGCACCAGCACCCGGUGGACAAUGCUGGGCUUUUCUCCUACAUGACCUUUUCAUGGCUCUCACCCCUGGCCCGAGUGGUCCACAAAAAGGGGGAGCUGUUGAUGGAGGAUGUGUGGUCUCUGUCCAAGUAUGAGUCGUCUGACGUGAACUGCAGAAGACUAGAGAGACUGUGGCAAGAAGAGCUGAGUGAAGCCGGGCCCGCCGCCGCCUCCCUGCGGAGGGUUGUGUGGAUCUUUUGUCGUACCAGGCUCGCCCUGUCCAUCGUGUGCCUGAUGAUCACGCAGUUGGCCGCCUUCAGUGGACCAGCCUUCGUGGUGAAACAUCUCUUGGAGUAUACUCAGGCAUCAGAGUCUAACCUACAGUACAGCCUGCUGUUAGUAGUAGGCCUCCUCCUGACAGAAGUCGUACGCUCCUGGUCACUGGCACUGACUUGGGCAUUGAAUUAUCGAACCGGUGUGCGGUUGCGGGGGGCUGUCCUGACCAUGGCAUUCAAGAAGAUUCUGAAGUUAAAGAACAUUAAAGAAAAGUCCUUGGGGGAGCUCAUCAAUAUCUGCUCCAAUGAUGGGCAAAGGAUGUUUGAGGCAGCCGCUGUGGGCAGCUUGCUGGCCGGAGGACCCGUGGUUGCCAUCUUAGGCAUGAUUUAUAAUGUAAUCAUUCUAGGACCGACAGGCUUCCUAGGGUCGGCUGUUUUUAUCCUCUUUUACCCAGCAAUGAUGUUCGUGUCACGGCUUACUGCAUACUUCCGGAGGAAGUGUGUAGCUGCCACCGAUGGCCGUGUCCAGAAGAUGAAUGAAGUUCUCACCUACAUCAAGUUUAUUAAAAUGUAUGCCUGGGUCAAAGCGUUUUCUCAGAGUGUUCAAAAAAUCCGAGAGGAGGAGCGUCGGAUAUUGGAAAAAGCGGGGUACUUUCAGAGCAUCACUGUUGGGGUGGCUCCCAUUGUUGUGGUGAUCGCCAGUGUGGUGACUUUCUCUGUUCACAUGACCCUAGGCUUCGACCUGACAGCAGCACAGGCCUUCACAGUGGUGACUGUCUUCAAUUCCAUGACUUUUGCUUUAAAAGUAACACCAUUCUCAGUGAAGUCCCUCUCUGAAGCUUCAGUUGCUGUUGACAGAUUUAAGAGUUUGUUUCUAAUGGAAGAGGUUCACAUGAUAAAGAACAAACCGGCCAGUCCUCACAUCAAGAUAGAGAUGAGAAAUGCCACCUUGGCGUGGGACUCCUCCCAUUCCAGUAUACAGAACUCGCCCAAGCUGACCCCCAAAAUGAAAAAAGACAAGAGGGCUACCAGGGCCAAGAAAGAGAAGUCGAGGCAGCUGCAACGCACUGAGCACCAGGCGGUGCUGGCAGAGCAGAAAGGACACCUCCUUGUGGACAGUGAAGAACGGCCCAGUCCGGAAGAGGAAGAAGGCAAGCAGAUCCACACGGGGAGCCUGCGCCUGCAGAGGACACUGUACAACAUCGACUUAGAAAUUGAAGAGGGCAAACUGGUUGGAAUCUGUGGCAGUGUGGGAAGUGGAAAAACCUCUCUCAUUUCAGCCAUUUUAGGCCAGAUGACACUUCUAGAGGGCAGCAUUGCAGUCAGUGGGACCUUCGCUUAUGUGGCCCAGCAGGCGUGGAUUCUCAAUGCCACUCUGAGAGACAACAUUCUCUUUGGGAAGGAGUUUGAUGAAGAAAGAUACAACUCAGUGUUGAAUAGCUGCUGCCUGCGGCCUGACUUGGCCAUUCUCCCCAACAGCGACCUGACUGAGAUUGGAGAGCGAGGAGCCAACCUGAGCGGUGGACAGCGCCAGAGGAUCAGCCUUGCUCGGGCCUUGUAUAGUGACAGAAGCAUCUACAUCCUGGAUGACCCCCUCAGUGCCUUAGAUGCCCACGUAGGCAACCACAUCUUCAACAGUGCUAUCCGGAAGCACCUCAAGUCUAAGACGGUUCUGUUUGUUACACACCAGUUACAGUACCUGGUUGAUUGUGAUGAAGUGAUCUUCAUGAGAGAGGGCUGUAUCACAGAAAGAGGUACCCACGAGGAACUGAUGAACUUAAAUGGGGAUUACGCUACUAUUUUCAAUAACCUGUUGCUGGGAGAGACGCCACCGUUUGAGAUUAAUUCAAAAAAGGAAGCUAGUGGUUCGCAGAAGAAAUCACAAGACAAGGGCCCUAAGCCAGGGUCGGUGAAGAAGGAGAAGGCGGUGAAGUCAGAGGAAGGGCAGCUCGUGCAGGUGGAGGAGAAAGGGCAAGGCUCCGUGCCCUGGUCCGUCUACGGUGUCUACAUCCAGGCCGCAGGGGGGCCCGUGGCCUUCCUAGUCAUCAUGGUCCUUUUUAUGCUGAAUGUGGGCAGCACUGCCUUCAGCACCUGGUGGUUGAGCUACUGGAUCAAGCAAGGGAGUGGGAACACCACAGUGUACCAAGGGAACAGAAGCUCCGUGAGCGACAGUAUGAAGGACAACCCGUUCAUGCAGUACUAUGCCAGCGUCUAUGCCCUCUCCAUGGUGGUCAUGCUGCUCUUGAAAGCCAUCCGAGGAGUUGUCUUUGUCAAGGGCACGCUGAGAGCCUCCUCCCGGCUCCAUGACGACCUUUUCCGCAGGAUCCUGCGGAGCCCUAUGAAGUUUUUUGACACUACCCCAACGGGGAGGAUUCUCAACCGCUUUUCCAAAGACAUGGAUGAAGUGGACGUGCGCCUGCCAUUCCAGGCUGAGAUGUUUAUCCAGAAUGUGAUCCUGGUGUUUUUCUGUGUUGGAAUGAUCGCAGGAGUCUUCCCGUGGUUCCUUGUGGCCGUGGGGCCCCUCCUCAUCCUCUUCUCAGUGCUGCACAUUGUCUCCAGGGUCCUGAUUCGUGAGCUAAAGCGUCUGGACAACAUCACGCAGUCUCCUUUCCUCUCCCACAUCACAUCCAGCAUCCAGGGCCUUGCUACCAUCCACGCCUAUAACAGAGGGCAGGAGUUUCUACACAGGUAUCAGGAGCUACUAGAUGACAACCAGGCUCCUUUUUUCUUGUUCACCUGUGCGAUGAGGUGGCUGGCAGUGCGGCUGGACCUCAUCAGCAUUGCGUUGAUCACCACCACUGGGCUGAUGAUUGUUCUCAUGCACGGACAGAUCCCCUCGGCCUAUGCGGGUCUUGCCAUCUCUUACGCUGUGCAGCUAACGGGACUAUUCCAGUUUACGGUUCGGCUGGCCUCUGAGACGGAAGCACGGUUCACCUCAGUGGAGAGGAUCGACCACUACAUAAAGACUCUGUCUUUGGAAGCACCUGCCAGAAUCAAGAACAAGGCGCCUCCCCCUGACUGGCCCCAGGAGGGAGAGGUAACCUUUGAGAACGCAGAGAUGAGGUACCGGGAAAAUCUCCCUCUGGUCCUUAAGAAAGUGUCCUUUACCAUCAAACCCAAGGAGAAGAUUGGCAUCGUGGGGCGCACAGGGUCAGGGAAGUCCUCUCUGGGGAUGGCCCUCUUCCGCCUGGUGGAGCUAUCUGGAGGCUGUAUCAAGAUUGAUGGAGUGAGGAUCAGUGACAUCGGCCUGGCUGACCUCCGGAGCAAGCUGUCCAUCAUCCCUCAGGAGCCAGUGCUGUUCAGUGGCACUGUCAGGUCCAAUCUGGACCCUUUCAACCAGUACACGGAAGAGCAGAUCUGGGACGCUCUGGAAAGAACGCACAUGAAGGAAUGUAUUGCCCAGCUACCUCUGAAACUUGAGUCUGAGGUGAUGGAGAACGGAGACAACUUCUCAGUUGGGGAGCGGCAGCUGCUGUGCAUAGCAAGGGCCCUGCUGCGCCACUGCAAGAUUCUGAUUUUGGAUGAAGCCACAGCUGCUAUGGACACGGAGACAGACUUACUGAUUCAGGAGACCAUCCGGGAAGCCUUUGCGGACUGCACCAUGCUGACCAUUGCCCAUCGCCUGCACACAGUUCUGGGCUCUGAUAGGAUUAUGGUGCUGGCCCAGGGACAGGUGGUGGAGUUUGACACCCCCUCGGUCCUUCUGUCCAAUGACAGUUCGAGGUUCUAUGCCAUGUUUGCUGCUGCGGAGAACAAGGUGGCUGUCAAGGGCUGACUCCUUCC